AUGUACGCUCCACUGCGUUUGACGACCGUGAACAUGAGGGAGGUCUUUGAAAGCGAGAAGCGAUCCAAGAAGACGGGACAACUUAGCAAAAGUUUGCUCGCGACUCCUGACAACUUCGAGUGUUUACAGAUCGAGGCUAAAGUCCCAUUUGUGGUCUCGGUCUCCUGUUAUUCGAAGUCCGGUACAGGCGGUCGGCACACAAAAAGACACGCAUACAUGCAAGAAUUCUGGCCACCGCACGCAUUUGCAGGUAUGGCCUAA